UAGAACACAUCGAAGCGGAUGCGGAAACUUUAAUAUUCAUGAAUUCUGAAUUCCUCAAAGCGAAAGUAAAAGUAUGCUCGACUUCUUCUUAGUAUAAAUAAUUCCUGGAAUAAAUUAUUCUUCGACCACAUGCGGUUUUGUUUGUUAAAACGCUUUGCAAAGUUACUAACCACGUUUUACUAUCAUCAUCCUCAUGGCGAAAUACAAUUUAUUGCAAGAAGGCUUCACCAACGACACAUUCGCUGUAGCAUUUGACGUCUACACGCCAAGACCUCACUUCAUUAUUCUACCUAAAAGCGACAAGUCUGUCGAUCCAGAAUUUAGCCGGAUAACAAACGAACAAACACAGCAUCUCAUCGAAACGGGAAAGUCCGCGUUAGCAUGCUUCAAGAUAGACCGUGCAGUUUUGUCCAUACAUCGUGGAUCAUGGCGAACGACAAGAGAUAAAUUUCACGUCCACAUUUGUGUCGACGUCGAUAGCUAUUUGCGGAUCUACGAAAGCCGAAAGAAAGCCAUUCCUAACUGGCCGAGUCGUGAUUAUGUUACGAAGCAAUGGCGAUGGAGGAGAGAUCCUCGUUUCUAUCCAGAAAACGUACGAGGUUAUCCAUACCGUAGCUAUUUGGACGACGAAGUUGCAGGGAUCAGAACCAUCAGAAAAGAAACGUCACGUAAAAGAGACAGCAAAGUUGAUAAACUCGAUGAAGAUGGUCCUCUUGAAGGUUGUAUCACUAAAGUAGUCUAUCAUUCAAGUCAACCAAAGAUUGGCUUCGUUAGUGCAAAGCCCGAGUCGACUCAGGAUUUCCAAAACUUGCUCUCGGCUAUAGAAAAGUUCGCUGAAGAACGCAAUUUAGUUAAUACGGAAUCAAAAGACGAGAACCAUGGCUGCCAUGUUUGCUUGUAUUUAGGAUCAGCUAAAACCGAUGAUUGGAAUUACAGCGAGGAAGAUAGCGAGGAUAUUCGAGGAUACAUUGUGACAACCGGAGUUCGUUUCUAUCAACUAUGUCCCGAGGACCUCCGGGAUGAUUGGUUUUAUGCUUACAAACAAUCUGAUUUUAAAUGUCUGACCUGAACAGCAACAGAAACGGUUUCACAAAUGCUUCAUACAGGCCGAAGAAGCAAAAGAUAAACGCAUGAUGCCUUUCUAUCGACUUUCUUCAACAUAUAAACCUGAUGUAGUAUAUGGUUUUGUUGUCAUCACACUUGUCAAAUUAUAAUACAUCAGUAAAUAAA